AUGGCGACCAAUUAUGAAACCGAGAAAGUCGACGAUGCAUCUCAUGGUGAGCAUGAGAGGGUUACAAGCCAAUCACCUUCUUCCUCAGCAGACGAAUUCGAUGUCAGCAAUGAGAAGAAGUUGAUGCGCAAGGUUGAUUGGAGAUUGCUACCGAUCCUUGGUGCUCUCUACUCUAUUGCACUGAUUGACAGAGUCAAUAUUUCCAAUGCCCGUGUCGCUGGCAUGGGUGAAGACUUAGGCCUUCACAUUGGAUCGCGCUACACAAUUGCCCUUGUUGUGUUCUUUCCUCCUUAUUUCUUCUUUGAGCUUCCAUCAAACAUCGUCCUGCGUCGCGUUGGCAGUGCCAACUGGCUCUCAUUCAUUGCUUUCGCAUGGGGCACAGUGAUGCUCGGACAAGGUUUCGUCAAGAACUAUGCCGCGCUAGCAGCAUGUCGAGCACUCCUGGGCUUGUUCGAAGCAGGCUUUUUCCCUGGAUGUGUGUACCUUGUAACAUGCUGGUACGUGAGGUACGAGGUGCAGAAACGACUCGCUGCCUUCUAUCUUGUCUCCGUGUUUGUUGGGGGGUUUUCGAACAUCUUAGCUUACGGCCUGAUGCAAAUGGAAGGUGUUGGUGGACAGCGAGGAUGGCAGUGGAUCUUUAUCAUAGAAGGGCUUCUCACCCAGCUGGUGGCGAUAGCCGCAUGGUUCCUCAUCAUCGACUUUCCUGACAAAGCCCACAAAAAGCACUUUCUCUCGGCUGCUGAGGCCGCCUUCGUGAAGCAAAGGAUUGAAACCGACCGAGGAGAUGCGGAGCCCGAUUCAUUGACGUGGGCCAAAUUUUUCUUCCACCUCAGAGAUUGGAAGCUGUGGGUGUUUGCACUGAUGUUUAUGUCCACCACAAUGCCAGCAUACGCCUUUGCUUAUUUCACGCCUGUCAUCCUUCGGGGUAUGGGAUUCAGUGCUGGGGUCGCAAAUCUGCUGUCCGCACCUCCAGUCAUCACUGCUCUGCCUUGUGCACUGUUCCUCGCCUGGGUUGGGGAUCGAUACCACUUUCGCGGCCCAAUCAUUGUAACGCAGUCACUUAUCGUCAUAAUUGGUCUGAUGAUCACGGCAUAUCACAGGUCAAAUGGUGUCAGAUACUUCGGCAUCUUCCUAGGCAUUGCAGGUUGUCAAGGUAAUGUUCCAGCAAUCCUAGCCUACCAGAGCAACAACAUUCGUAUGCAGAGCAAGCGAUCGGUGGGAAGUGCGCUGCAGAUUGGAUUCGGUGCUGUCGGCGGUAUCAUAGCAAGUACCGUCUUCCGCGAGAAGGAUGCACCUCGUUAUGUACCAGGAUUAUGGGUGACAGCUGGUCUCCAGUUCUUCAUCUUCUCCUUGGUGGCCUUCAACACAGUGUACUUCCGCCGAAAGAACAAACAGCUCGAUGAUGGAACCUUGACGGAGCCAAUUGAGGGCCAACCGGGAUUCAAGUACACUCUCUAA